AUGGGAAGUGCUUAAUGUUGUAAAAAAAAUGUUUAGGAUGAGGGUGUCUAAGAAUUGGUUAUCCUUGAAGAUCCGAAUUAAUAGACUGCAAAAUUAUCAGAUCUUUAGUAAGAAAAACAUAGCUACAAAAAAACUGAAGAGUGUGGAACUCCUGCUUUUCCGGAACUUCGAUCUCAAUAGAGUAAAAGAUCAGAACAAUGUUAAUCCUUAAAAGAAAUUUAAUUUGUUGGAUAAGUGGACAGAGAUGAACAAAUUCUAAAAUCAACUUGCACUUUAGGCAGAAAAAAAUAAAAAAAUGAUUCUCCAAUAGUUGCAUUUGAAGCUAAAAACUCUUUAAAAUCUUUUGAUUCUAAUCGGCUUAAAAAAUUACAAUCUGUUCCCGAGAAAUAGUUGAAUCUGAAAAAUAUAUCAUCACCUAGAGAUGAAGAUUCAUUUAUGUAGGAUAGUUAAAGAUGUGGGUAACCUGAUGAAAAAUCUGCCAAAAGUAUUUUAAAAUAGGAGAUGAAGUAUAGUAGAUUUAGAAAUUAGUAAAAUUAGGGCGAUAGCACUUUUAGAAAGGUGUAAUUUAAUUUGGAAUGA